GUGUUCCGUCUAAUUCCCAACUCAUCCAACCACCUCAGACAAAAAGCGAAGUAUACAUUUGCAACCAAACAGGGUUCUUCCCGUGUCUCCACACACACUCCACCUUAGGCAUCAGAGAAAUCACAGCCGAAACCUACAGAACCCAAAAUCCCAAAAUCUUUGUAAUUGAAUUCAACAAAGUCUCCGUCCAAUAACAAAAGCAAAUCGCGAAUUUGUGGUGCUAGCUUGUCACUUGAGGUUUUCUUCGAUUCUUCGAUCUCAGAUUAAAGUAGUUGGAGCAGGCUUUUCCCCCAUAAAAAGGAGGAAGUUUGCAAUGGUGGGAUGAAGAAGAGAGGGAAAGAGGAACAUGGCGAGAGGGAAGUGGGUCUUUUCCUACAAGAAAACCACUCUCUUAGUUUGCUUCUUCAAUAUUGCCGUUGCUCUCUACGUUCUUCGCUCUCUUUAUGCUUCUCUUUAUAUCUACUCCGGUAACGUUUCCCGCAACGUUGCUUUGUAUAACCCAGAUCAGAUUCGGAAAAUGGAAGAGUCAAUGCAAAUCCGCAGGGAAUUUAAACCGGUGGAGUUAAUUAAGUGGGUGAAGGCUUUAGAGGGGGAGCUUUCGAGUGAAACUGUGGCGGUUGAGUUGCCGCAGCAUUUGAAACAGAACAUAAUUGAGGAGAUCUUGCAGACAUUAAGGGGGUUGAAUUCUAGUGGCGCAGAUAUUGCCAAGGAACGAGAAGCAGUUGAGAGUUGGCGCAAGGGAAAACUGGAAGGGGUCAAGUCGGCACUUGUGAAGGGGACUUCCAAUUCAACCAUCCCCCAUGAAGAAGCUGGUAUACUUGUAAGAGCGUUGGAGUCUGAUUGGACUAUGCUUUGUGAAGAAAUUGGCCUUUGGAUACCUGCUCAAGUUGCCAAUGAAGAACAUGAUGACAAACCUGAGGGUGCAGAGGAGUUUGAGGAGGAGGUUCUUCCUGGUAGGCCCCUUUCACCCGAGUGUCAUGCUGAACUUCAUACAGAUUAUGAUGGUUCUGCAGUAAGAUGGGGUCUUACACACCACAAGGAUAGUGCAGCUGAUUGCUGUCAAGCUUGCUUGGAUCAUGCGAAACAUGCCAAAGAAGGUGAUAAGAAAUGCAAUAUCUGGGUUUAUUGCCCAUCUGAGUUUGGGUGUCAUUCUCCAGAUAUUUACCAGCACAAACAUCAGGAAUGUUGGCUGAAAUAUGCUGAGAAACCUCGACUAAAUUUUAAGGAUAAGUAUCCUGAAUGGUAUCGAAAUUCGCACCCUUCUGCACCAGUGAUCGUUCCAUGGGUCUCUGGUAUUACGAGUUCAUGAGUCCAAUAACCAAACACGAAAUGAAAUGAACUGGGGAACAAAGAAUUUUCCCAAUGGUCAUUUAGGACUUGGUUUUGGUCAAAAUGCAGUUUUUGACAUGACUCACCUCAGUGCCAAGGAUUUUCCACCAAGGUCGGGUCUAAAACACUUAGGAAAGGUGACUUAUAACUGAUGAGGAAGUUGUUUUGUUGUAAGCUAUCUGAUAACAUUAUUCAUUGUAUCUGUGGGACUUAGAAUCCUACUCAUAUUAUCAUUCUUGUUCCUCCCA